AUGGCGCUUAUGCUGGCAUAUUACGAAAUCAUCUCCGCGACUUCCACCAAUGCCUAUUUCCAGCACAUCAAUGGCGCUGAGACCCUCUUGAAAAGCAUGGAGUCUCAUAUCUGGCAGGAUAGCCAGCUUCAUGACCUGUAUAGCAUGCUUAGGCUGCAUGUACUCUACGCUUCUAUCAGAAAGUCAUUUACAUCCAAACCAUGGAAAACUCUUGCAUGGAGAGGCAAACAAAAAACUGUUUUUGAUAAGACAAUUGAUCUGAUCACGGAUAUCACCGCUAUCACAUGUAACCGAAAUAGAGGAGAUACAACAGACUUCGUCGCCGAUACAUUAUCAGCGCUGUCGGAAAUAGUCUUCCAGCUUGAGUCAAUUGGACAAGCUCUUGGCAUCGACCAUCAGCAAGUGAAAAGUACCAACGCCUUCCUAUUGCCAGAUUCAGACACAGCAGUCACGGUGGCAUAUUACAGUCUUGGGUGGUUGCUAAUAUCACCCCGAAUCCAAAAAUUCAACCACUUACAUAAGGAAGAAGUGGGCAAAAUAGUCGCGAUUAAUGACCAAUUCAUUUCCCUUCAUUGUAGCAAUAUUCUCCGCGCGUCGACCUAUUUGGACGAUUGCAGAGAUGGGUGUGCGUAUGUCAGGAUGAUACUGCCUCUCAAGGCAGUAGUUGAAUUUGGUCCGGAAAAACUACAAAGGGACAUGGCUAGAUAUAGGCUUGAAGCUUGGAGGGCUAGAAGAGGUUUAGCUGGUAUUUGUGCUAUCGCAUUCGCUUUGAAAAUUGAGGCUGGAGAUUCAAGUUAA